AAUUACAUCAUUUGUGCAUUGUUAUGGCUAUAGAACAUGAUACAUUAUUCCUCGAUUCAUUGAAUUCAACUGCUACAUCUUCAUCAGCUUCACUUGAUCUGGAUCAUCCAUUCGAAUCAACGCCUUCUUCUUCAUCUCCGUUAUCUCCUUCUUAUACAAAACUCAACGCCCGUGCAAUUGCAUUUAUUCCACGAAGUUCGUCUUCUCCAUCAUUAUCAUCAGCUAUGUUGGCUAAAUCAUCUUCCUCGCCUUCAUUGGCGACAAUGUCACAUCCUCAAUCCUCCCGGGCCGAUUUAAAUAAUCGGCCCGGGAGUAGGAUCGGGCCUGGAUCAGGGCCCGUUAAUGGACAGACGGUGGUGCAUCUUAUUGCAACACCGUCUGCUACAUUUCAUCAGAUCACUACGCAUGUUCCUGUACAAAAUUAUAUUUAUGCGUCUCAAUUGCCUGUGCAAUAUCCUUAUGGUGGUGGCAUUGGAAGGGGAUUUGUUGAUCAUGGCGGUUUGCCGGCGGUGGUGGUUAUUGGUGCCGAUUCUGAACGGUUAAGUGAUGAAGCUUGUCAAAAAAUUAUUAAUCAGGUGGAAUUUUAUUUUAGUGAUAUAAAUUUGGCAACAACUGAUCAUCUAAUAAGGAUUAUGUUUAAGGAUCCAGAAGGAUAUGUACCAAUGUCUGUGGUUGCAUCAUUCAAGAAGAUUAAAGCUCUUACGAGUAAUCAUGCCUACGUUGCGAAAAUUCUGCAGUGCUCCACAAAGCUUGUGGUUAGUGAAGAUGGAAGAAAGGUUAGACGCCAAUUUCCGCUGUCUGAAAAGGACUUGGAAGAGCUGCAAUCUCGCAUAGUGGUUGCUGAGAAUUUACCCGAUGAUCACUGCCACCAGAACCUCAUGAAGAUUUUCUCAGCUGUUGGAAGUGUAAGAAUGAUUCGUACAUGCCAACCACAGUUAAAUGGCGGGGCUUCUGCAGCGUCUAGAACUGGAAAGUCAGAUAGCACAUUGUAUAGUAACAAGUUGCAUGCAUUUGUGGAAUACGAAAGUAUUGAAUUGGCUGAGAAGGCGGUUAUGGAGCUAAAUGAUGAGGAUAACUGGCGAAAUGGUCUGAAAGUCCGUAUACUGAACAGGUGCACGGGAAAAUCUGGUCAAAUUCGAGGGAAGAAAGUUGGUUACGAGAGUGAGGUCAGCUUCAAGGAAGACGAUACUUCAUCAGAGGCCAGCGAGAAACAUAGUGACGACCUGUGGCACCACCUUGAUACUCACCUGUAUGACCUUGCAGAGGAGCAUGGCGUCGAUGGGCAGAGGAAAGGACUCAAUCGCAGUUGGGUUAAGGGACUUGGUCAGGGACGUGGACGUCCUCAGUUUCAUCAAACCAGUCGUGGAGGUCAUUUAGGUACUCCCCAGGCAAGUAUGAGGCGUGCAUACAGUGUGGGAAGUGCACUAUCAAGCAUCAAUCGUUUUAGUCUAGCAGGGCAACCCUCAAUGCUUUCUGAUCAGUCAGCACCAGUCAAGCAAGCUUCUGUCCCUCGCAUGCCAGAUGGCACCAGGGGCUUCUCCAUGGGUCGAGGUAAACCUGUUGCGAUUAAAACAACAUAACAAGUGUGUCUGGUUAUGUGGUCUGGGGUGGCUACUUGUGUGAGCAUUUCCAAAUGGAGAAGUGGAAAUGUGCUCUUUUUUUGCAGUAUUGAUGGCAGGGUCUUAGAGACACUGUCAAUCCAGUUGGAGAUGAUAUAGUUGAAUCGGCGGAUUGAGUCUCAACUUGUUUUCCUGUUUAUGUUUGUUAAAGCAAAGAUCUUUCAGGAAAUCUGUGCUUUUUUUAUGUUUCUUCACUAGGUUUCCGUCGUGUUUAUGAAGCAAAACCUGAGGGGUUAAAGUAAAGUCACACAAAUGUAGCAAAGAAUCUUCCCCUCUAGCUUCAUCUUAGUUUUUGUGUAUACUAACAGAAAUUGAAUAUA